CUCCUCCUCCUCCUCCUCCUCCUUCCCCGUCCCAAAACCCUCGAGCCCCUAAAAACCCUUCUCCUCCUUCGCCCCUACCAAACCCUAGCGUCCAUGGCGGCGACGAUCUCCAUCCGCUUCUUCCCCACCUUCCUCACCUGCGAGCCUCCUCGCCCAUCGCACUCCACCGGUUUCCCCCUCCGGCGAUGGGCGGCGCCCACGGCGGCGCUGCGAGCCUCCGCCGCCUCCAAGCCGCCUCCCGCGGCGGAGGGGAAGAGGCCGCCGAGGGGCAUCACGAAGCCCCGGCCCGUGUCUCCGGCGAUGCAGGCCCUCGUCGGCGUCCCCGAGAUCCCCCGAACCCAAGCGCUGAAGCUCAUUUGGGCCUACAUCAAACAAAACAAUCUCCAGGAUCCUGAGGACAAGAAGAUAAUUGUUUGUGAUGAGAAGCUGAAAAAUAUAUUUGGAGGGAGAGAGCGCGUUGGAUUCCUCGAGAUCGCAGGGUUGCUCAAUCCUCAUUUUGGGAAGUGAUAGGUGUUUCUAUGAAGCUAGGUUUUUUGUGGUAGGAGGUAGAAGCCUUUCAAGCAUGCCUAGGGGAUGAUGUAACCAUUCUCAUGGGUUGUUCUUUUUAAUUAAUUCACACUAUAUGCUUUGGCUCUUUAACUUCUCGUAUUUCUCCUGUGAGCUUAAGCUAGAAGGCUACAGUUGCCAAGUUUUGCUAAUGCACUUUUGGCUUAAUGUAAUCGCGCUUUUGUUUGCAAUUGGCUAUUUUCCCCUAUGAUCUAAUAAUUUCUGGAACUUAAUUUUA